AUGCAAGUUCUGCCAGAAGGUCCUUCAAUCAUAUCAGAGCGUCGUGGAACACCUUCAGGCGUCAUCAGAUCAGACAUCAGAGGCCCCCCCUUAUCACUUAAGGAAAAAAUCUCGUUCAAAUGCUCCUACUGCCACGCGGAGUACAGCACCAAAGAGUCACUCGAGGCCCACCAAACCCUCUCUCACACCGAACACUUCGAUAAACUCCCUGACAAGAGGUUCCGGUGCAAAUACUGCGACAAAAUCUUCGUGGCCAGGAUCAGCAUCCAGGAGCACGUCAGCGCAGCACAUUUAACAGACGGGGCGCACAUUUGUAUGCACUGCGGCGGCAGCUUUUAUUCGGUGACCUCCCUGAUCAGACACGAGAAAAUCCACGUGGUUGCCAGAGCUUUUAGUUGCGAUAUGUGCGAGAAGACGUUCAAAACACGUCCGGCCAUGAGGAAGCACAAGAAGUACGUGCACAAAGUCAGGAUGAGAGACGAUUUGAGGUGCGCGUGGUGCUCGAGGGCUUUUAAGAACCUCGGGGCUUUAGAAGCCCACGAGGUUAAGUAUCAUCCCGAAGUGACCGACGAGGAUGGUGAGGUGGAGAGAAAUGAGGUUGAUGCACUUGAGGUGUUGGAAGAAGUUACGUGUGAGGAGGUGAAUGAUGAAAAAGAGGAGGAAGACGAGGAAGAAAAUGGUGAUGUGCUAAUUUAUGAAAUCACUCCUGAUUAAGCUGACUAUGAAAGUUUUUUAAUAAAAAAAAAUAUGAAGUUGUU